AUGGAAAAACAAUUCGAUUUAAAUAAUUGGGAUGAGACAGCAACUUCCUAUUCAAAGUUUAUGAACAGUAAAGGUUUCUUUUCAAAGUUUGGUUCCGAUAUGAUAGCUAAAACUAUUGAUAAUCGUCGUAAAUCAUCACCUUUGAGAGUACUAGAUGUUGCUUGUGGAUCGGGUUCAUUGACAUUUCCACUUGUAGAAACACUCAAUGAAAUGAAUCCUUGUUCUGUUACUGGUGGAGAUGGUAGUAGUAGUUCAGUAGUCGCUGUUGAUAUCUCACAAAAGAUGAUUGACUUGUUGAAUCAUGCAAUAGAGUCACAAGGUAUGAAAAAUAUAGAGACUUAUUGUAUGAACGGUGAAUCAAUGACACAAUUGGAAUCGAAUCAAUUCGAUUAUGUAUUCUCUUCAUUCGGCUGGAUGAUGUUCAACGAUAGAAAAGCUGGACUUAGCGAGAUCUACCGACUUUUGAAGCCAGGCGGCAAGGUAUCGCUCAUCACCAAAGAUAGCAAUUGGUUUUUGAUAGCGGAUUGCAAAGUUUGCUAUGAAAUGCUUGGUGAACCUCCAGUUUUUCCAGAGAGUCUACUUAGGAGAUUGACAAUUCCAUAUCAGAAUGAACUAGAAGAUCUGUACAAAGAGGUUGGUUUCAAAUCGGUUGAGUUCUAUCGAUCAACUCAGAGUGUAAUGACAACAAUAGAAUCGACAAUCAAUGUAGUUAGAAAUAAUCCUGUCUUUCAAUUAUUGAAGCAACCUUUACCAAUUUCCAAAAGAGACCUACUUUUGGAAACAUAUAGAGAAAUGCUCAUUAAAAGACAUAUCAACAACAAUAUCAAUAACAGCAAUAACAACAAUUUGGAAUAUGAGUUGACUGGUUCAGUUAUAAUUUCAGUUGGUCAAAAAUAA